CCGGAAAACUGAGCCAUCAGCUCUCAGCAAUGAAAAUUUUCAGUCAGCUUUGGAUCUACCGAAGGUUCCUACUGAUUCUCUUCACUCCACUGCUUUUACUUCCACUGCCUCUCAUCAUUCGAACCAAAGAAGCAGAAUGUGCAUACACGCUGUUUGUAGUUGCGAUCUUUUGGCUAACAGAAGCUUUGCCACUGGCUGUUUCAGCUUUACUUCCUGCCUUAAUGUUCCCAAUGUUUGGUAUUAUGGCAUCCAAGGAGGUGGCAGCUGCUUAUUUCAAAGAUUUUCAUUUGCUAUUAAUUGGAGUAAUUUGUUUGGCCACAUCAAUAGAAAAAUGGAAUUUGCACAAGAGAAUUGCUUUGAAAAUGGUGAUGAUAGUGGGUGUGAACCCUGCAUGGCUUACGCUGGGUUUCAUGAUUAGCUGUGGCUUCUUGUCUAUGUGGCUUAGCAACACCUCUACUGCUGCCAUGGUGAUGCCAAUUGUAGAGGCCGUAGCUCAGCAGAUCAUGGGUGCUGAAGCAGAAGUCGAUGCCUUAGAGAUGAAUUGUGCAACUGGAUCCACCAAUGAGGCAUUGGAACUUGAUGAAAGUGUUAGUGAAUGUGAAGCUAGUGACUGGAAAGAGAAAACAAAAGAAGUUAAUGGAUACACCAAUGGUGAGGGUCACACUGUGUGCAAGAUUGAAAAGGAAAAGAAUCUGCCCCCAGCUGAGACAAGAAGGAAAUACAGAAACCAGAAAGACCAGAUGAUGUGCAAAGUGAUGUGCUUGUGUAUUGCUUAUUCUUCUACCAUUGGAGGGCUGACUACAAUCACAGGAACAUCAACAAAUUUGAUUUUUGCUGAGCAAUUCAAUACACGCUACCCCGAUUGCCAAUGCAUCAAUUUUGGAUCCUGGUUUAUACUUUGCAUCCCCAUCACUAUUAUUAUUAUGUUGCUCUCCUGGGUCUGGCUCCAGUGGCUUUUCCUUGGUUUCAAUUUCAAAGAAAUGUUCCGAUGUGGCAAGGAAAAAACAGCCAGAGAACAGGCCUCAGCACAGGUGAUUAAAGAGGAGUACACAAAGCUUGGACCAAUAAGCUACCCAGAAAUCAUUACCCUUGUCCUGUUCAUUUUAAUGGCCCUAUUGUGGUUUACAAGAGAACCUGGAUUCAUCCCUGGAUGGUCUUCUCUUUUUCCUCAAUACCCAGGUUUUGCUACAGAUUCAACAGCUGCCUUAAUAAUUGGCCUCCUCUUCUUCAUUAUUCCAGCAAAAACUUUGUCUAGGACUUCAAAUGGAGAAAACACUAUUUUUGAUUACACUCCUCUGAUUACUUGGAAGGAAUUUCAGUCAUGCAUGCCCUGGGAGAUAACGAUUCUUGUUGGUGGAGGUUUUGCACUGGCGGAGGGCUGUGAGGUUUCAAAACUAUCAGCUUGGAUAGGAAGCAAAUUAACCCCUCUGGGAUCAUUACCAAUGUGGUCGAUUAUCCUAAUAUCAUCUCUGAUUGUCACCUCAGUAACAGAAGUGGCAAGCAAUCCAGCUACCAUCACUAUAUUCUUGCCUAUACUAGCACCUUUGGCUGAAGCUAUUCAUGUGAACCCACUUUAUAUUUUGAUACCAGCUACACUGUGCACUUCAUUUGCAUUCCUGCUUCCAGUAGCAAAUCCACCCAAUGCCAUUGUAUUUUCAUAUGGUCAUUUGAACGUUAUUGACAUGGUGAAAGCUGGCUUGGGUGUUAAUAUCAUCGGAGUUGCUGUAGUUAUGCUUGCUGUCACAACAUGGGCAGUGCCCCUGUUUCAUCUUCGAACAUAUCCAAGUUGGGCACCAGAUCUUUCCACUGUGAAUAACACAGGGCCAUAAAAACUAACUGGCAAGGUUUUUGUGGGGUUUUUUACUAUUAUUUGGUGAGUUAGUAGAAAUGCAAAAUACACCACAAUAAUGAUAGUGAUCCAUGUUACUUUGAAGUCCAUAUUUCCCAGUCCCAGGGAUUGAUGAUCUGCUGAUCCUAAUCAGGAAUAAUAUUAUCCAAAUAUGGACUUUGCAAACACCAUCAAGCUUGAAUGUGUUUCUUAUCCAGGUCGUCUUAUUCAGAUUUUACUUGUACAUGUUGUUGAGUACCAUCUGUGAAUGUGCACAUUCUUUAUGAAUGACAAUUUGGCCCUGUUCUUAGGGUCCUAAAAAUAACAGGAGCUAUCUAUUUUAACAUUUUAAAUAAUGUAGGAACAUUUGCUGCUGGUCUGAAGAACACACUGUAUUUUUGGUUGUUGGGUUUGUUUUUUUUCAAGUCAUAAAAUUUUAGAUGAUGAUGAUGAUGAUUACAAAUGAAAGGUCAGGUUGGGGAUUGUCUGAACAAUCCAUUCACUGCUCUGUCCAUAAAUCUGAUCUUGUAGGAAAAGUACAAUCUGUGGAGAGCUGCCUGGGUAUUUAUACUACCGCUUUUCUGUCAACGUUUCUCUGGCCAUCUCCUCACUAUCUGCAGGGAAAAUCAUUUAGACCCCAGUUCAGGAAAGCAAUUAAGCAUUUAUUUAAAUCUAUCCCUAUCCAGGACUGUACUUAAGCCAGGGGUUCUCACAACAAAUUUUUUGGUGGCCUCAGAGUGUGGCCACCAACUCUUGCUGGUGGCCGCACUGACACUUUUUCCUAAAAUACUUAAUUAACUUUAGGAAAAACAAAUAAAUAUGCAUGUAUAUACAUCCAGAUCAUUGUAAUUUAUUUAUGUAGGAUUUUUUUGCAGACUCAAUGCAAAUAAUGCUGUGAAAAGUGAUAUUUGUUAAUAUCACUUUUCACAGCAAGUCCUGGCAAGGUAAGACCUGGACGGAGGGGCUGGGAGUGAGGCAGCAGAGGCCGGGGCAAUGGAUGGGGGGCUCUACCACUGCAUGGUUGGAGGUUUGGCUCGGCACCUGGGGCUGGGGGUCAGCGCCCUCGCCCAGCACCCACUGGAGCCCAGGGUCAUUGCCCACAGCUGCAUGGCCAGGGCCAGGAAUUGGCACCCAGGUCUGGGGAUCAGCACCCACUGCCAUGCAGCUGGGGGUUGGCACCCGGAGCCAGCACCUGCUGCUGUGUGACUGGGCUGAGGGUCAGCACCCAGAGUUGGUGCCUGGAGUUCAUGCCCGCCGCUGCACAGAUGGGGCUAGGAGUCAGUGUCCUGGGCCAGCACCCACUGGAGCCAGCGCUGCGCAACUGGGACUGGAGGUCGACAUCCAGGGCCAGCAUCUACCGGAGCCUGGGGUUGGUGUCCACUGCUGCGUGACUGGGGCUGGGGAUCUGCACCCGGGACUGGUGCCUGGGGCUGGAGAUCGGUGCCCAUGACCAGCACCUGCCAGAACCCAGGGUCAACAUACAGGAGCAGUGCCCGGGGUCAGCGGCCAGGACUGCGGGUCAGAGCACGUGGCCAGGGUUUGACUGCCAACAGGUUUGGGAAUGGCACUUGGGGUCUGUGCCUGCUGCCACAUGGCCAGGGCUAGGGGUUGGCAUCCACAGCCAGCACCCGCCAGAGCCCAAGACCAGUGCCGGGGAUAAACACCCAGGACCGGCAGCUGCUGGAGCUCAGGGUCAGCCCCUGGGGCUGGCACCCAGAGUAGGGUGAAUCUGUGACUUAAGUAUUUGCUUAAAGUUAAGGACAUACUUUAGAGUUGUCCUGGUUAGAGAUGCUCUCCUGAAUUGGAGCCUAUAAGAGUGAAGAAUAAACUAUCAGAAUAAUUCUCUGCUCAGGACCUGUCAAAACAAUAGAUGCAUUCUUUAGAUUAAUACACAGUAUACAGUCCAGGUGAGUUAAAAUUCAACUCUCUUUAACAAGUUGAUAUCCCCUUCAGAAUAGGUACAAUUUUAAGCUUCCUAGACUGUAUUCAUGUUAGAAACAUUAAAAAAAGUCCACGUGACUGAAAAUGAAGUUUGCAGUUAAAGCUGUUUAGAGAUCAUUUACAUUGUUAUAAUGUGUUUUGCAGAUUAAGAGCUAUAACAUUUGCCUCUUAGUGUGUUAUAGUAGUUAGUGAGUUAUGUGUACCAUCAUCCAAGUGUUAGACAGAUUCAAGUCUGCAUACUUGAGAUCAGGUCCACCCUCGGGGCUGCCUUACAAACAGUGUAAACCCUAGUGGGAUGGGACAAUAGGAGUGGUUUUCCCCCUGGGGAACCUCACAAAAAUAAGAUUGGUGUUUCUUCAGGCAAUCCCAAGGAACAAAAUUUUACAAAGAUAUUUUCCUGGCAAGUUUAAAGAAAGGGGGCAUAUUGUCUUCUGCCAUGGAAAACAUGAAGUAAGCAAACCUCUUGUGCCUUUGCCACAAUGAAUGUGACAUCCUUAGUUAUCCAUGGUUUUCAAUCCCAAAGAUAUCUAUUGUCUUACCAAGGCAAUUCCUUAUUGUCUAAGAGUCACACCCAGUGUUUUAAUCUUGAUACAGCAGAACUGAUUGAAAUUGUCAUCUUAAAUAUGGCAUUGUGGCCCACCAAGUUUGUUGGUCCCAGCAUGCAAUACUCUAUCAAAUCAGAAUGGAGCUCCUUGCAUGCUUGGAUACCUGCAUUCUCUCCAUCUUUAUUAAAGAAAAUGCUGACUGGUUACAGCCCCUUAACAGUUAAUACCACUGUUUCAUUAUAAAACUGGUGUUUAGUUUGUACAGUAGAACUGUCAGUUAGCUUUUUUAUUUAGAGGCUUUUAAUGAUCCCAUUGACAGCAUAAAAAAAAAUCAAAGUAAACUAGAGACAAGUUUAAACAUUUCAAGAAGGAUGCACUCUUAAAAGUUAUUUUUACCAACAGAUUGCAUUUGAAGUGAAUAGUUUGCAGGAGGCAGGAGAGGGAAGUGAGAGUUGUACAGAAAAUAUAAACUACAGUGAUUUGUUCUGUCUAUUUUUGGAUAUUUUAAAGCAUGUAGCAGGGGACACUUCCCAAUGCCUCCUGACAUGCAUUCCUCUUACCCUACCAUGUUCUGGCUCUGGCUUGAAAGGGCCUUCAAAGAGUCCAUGUUCUUUAUGAUUAGGCUUGGAAGGGUUAGAUUUUCACUGGCAAAUGUCAGUAAAUAUUGAUUUCACUGUACACACACAAACUGAAGAAAAAAUAUUUCCAUCAAUGAUGAUUGAAAUUUACAGAUAGCAAAGUAACAAAAAUGCUGCUUGAGAACUUAUUAGUUUGAUUUAAAGAUAUUUACCUUGUAUAUUUUGUCAUGUGAUGUCAACAAUUUGUGUGUUAAUGGUUAUAAAGCUUUAACUUUUUGCAUCUCAACAUCUACUGUCAUUAAUUGUCUGACCCCGCUAUUUUCUGAUCUCCCUAUAAUUUCCCGCAGGUGUGAAAAUUUAAAUAACUUAAAUAAAAAAACCUUAAAACCCAUAAUUUUGAGCAAUUGAAAUUUUAAAUUGAAAAAAUAAUGCUUACAAAUUAACAGAUUUAUGUUAAAAUUAUAAAAAAAUAAAAAUCAAAUUCUGCCAAACUUAUUUAAUAUAAGGUGUUUGUCUACAUGAUCACUAACAAUGAGGGAAUAUCAUAGUUUGGAUGAUAUGGAGGAGGUAUUGGGUGCAUUACAAAAUAUAGUCCUUAUUUAAACUUAGAAAAAUAGUAAUAUUUGCUAUAAAUUUUAUAUUACUGUUUUCAAAAUGAAAUACAAUGCUGUGAGUUGAUUUUUAUUCUUAGCAAUAUUUUAAUUAUGAUAGUACAUGAUAGUAGUGACAGCUAAAAUGAGCACAAUUUUCAUUAAAAGAAUGUUAUCCUUUCAUGAGUAAAGGAGUGGGUGGUUGAGUGAAUGUGGGAUUCCUGUGACUGAACCACUGUUAAACUUUGUAAAAAAAACUAAGGAAAUUCCCAGACAAAACAGCUUUGUUAAUGUGGAACUAAAAUUGUUCAGACAUAACUUUUUUGAAAAAGCUUUUAAAGAAUAUUUCAGUUAAAAUAUAUCAGCGUAUGUUCAAUGUGCCCAGCCAUUUGAUGGUGUCAUCAUCAGCCAGGUGGAGAGCUGUUGAAAUAAGUUAGUGGGCACUCAUCAAGGAUAUGCAACAUAGUCUGAAAUUGAUCACAGCUGCAUCGUGGGUCAUUAGAAAAACCCCAUUUAUAGAGAUUGGCUGCACCGUUGCCAUGUCCUUUUCAAAACCAGGUCAGAGAUGACUACAGGUCAUCUGCCAAGGCAGAUCAAAACCUUGUGGACUGAUGGUUGGGUCAAUGAUGAGAGAGUGAUUAACAACUCUCAUCACUGAUAGCUCAUUGAGCCAAGCACAUUGCACUGUCAUGUCCUGUGGUGGCAUAAAGGACCAUAAUGGCAUCUAGAAGACAGGCACGUUGGUGGGUGAUUAAAGAGGUUUGCCUAUAAAGGCAGGUCACUAUUCUCAUGGAUCUUGGCCAGCAGCAUGACCGAGGCCUUCUCACGGUGAAUAUGGGGCAGUGCUAUGUUAUUAAGUAUCAGUAGCCAUUGCAAUGGAGUUGUCUGUAAAGUCCUGGUAACAAUUUGCAUAGCUUUGUUAAGCUUUACGUCAACCAGCCUUGUGUGAGGCAAAUGACACCAGACAGGAGCAUAGUUCUCUGCUAUUGAAUAGCAGGGGGCAAGGGCUGAUGUUCUAAGCAUCCAGACCAGUGGUUCUGAACCCCAGGGCUGCUUGCGGCCCAAACAGCAGACAGCUGUGGCCCAUGUGACAUUCUCAGGGCCAUACGGGUAGUAUAUGUAUUGUAUGGACGCAGCCCACAACACAGAGAGAGCUGCAUAUUUGGUCCACAAAGAUAAGUAGGUUGAAAACAACUGGUCCAGGUGUUCGCACUCCAAGUUGAACUGACCAACUUUCCGAGCAGGUUGUUCCAAGUGCUGACUUGGCUGCCGUCUGCCUCAAGUGGUUGUGGUACAUUAAUGAUCAAUGUCACACCAAGGUAAACUGGGUUUGGAUCAUGCUGCAGGCAUUGGCCAUUGCGGAAAACAUUUAACUUGUGGCUUGCACUUGCAUUAUGCAGAUGAAAUAUACUAGAAACUGUCUUGGAAAAUCUUGGCUGCAGGCUAAUAGUCUGCCAUGAGCUUCAUAUCAUCAUGAUAGUUAGUUGUCAGUUAAAAUGUUUUACACUAAAACCAAAACCUCAGUAACAAUGGAGAAGUAUAAUAGGAUUAUCCUAGCAAUCUUGACUAUGCCUCACUCUAAUCUAACUCUAAUCUAACAUUGGGAAAAACAACUGUAUAGUUUGCAGAUGUAGAACUGAUAAUGUUAACCACAAAGUAUUGGUUCUAAAGGGUUAAGAAUAGAGGGGAAAAUAGAAAUACAAAAUGUUAGGCUAUACAGGUUGGGUUGAUUCAUCUCUGACAGGCUGCAUGGGGCACCAUUCCAAUUGCCAGAGGAAAAUGUGCUCUUUAUUUGUCACUAGUGCAUUAGUUAUUUGAAGCUUUAUCCAGAGGAUGUAUACGGUGUGGCAAAUGGUAGAAAUUAUUUUGAACAAUUGACCAAUAUGAUGAAUAUAUUAAAUAUUUUUAAUGCUUCAAGCAUAAAUUAAUAUAAAAUUAAUGUGUUUUCCUUUUCCUCUAAUGCAGAUAAGUAGAAUGUAUUAGUAUAUAAGUAACAUUUAGGAUAUGUAAUAUAAUUACUAUGUAUUAGUGGCCCCAAUCCUACACCUGAGGAAUUUAGUAGGAAUUUUGUUUUACUUCAAGGCGUUGGGUCAGGCCUUUGUUUUGCUAUUUUUAUUGAUGUUCUGUAUUUAGUUUAUCCUUCCCUCACUUUAUUUCUUGGAGGCAUGUGUUCAAAUUAUCAGAAAAUACAAAUCAAAUACUUCAAGGAACUUCAGCUCAUCUUGCCUGCACACCCACCUAGUGCCUACCCUGAGCUGCAGUUAAGGAGCACUCAGCACAGUGGUUCAAAACGGAGAGAAGAUGCAAAACCACCUUCACAUUCCCUCAGUCUUUUGAGCAUCCCAAUGCCAAGCUGACCCUAGUGUCAACUACAACAGCCUGAAGGCUGCUGCAACUUAUGCCCAAUUGCCAAUGGCCCCCGGAUACCAUUUUAACAGUUGGUGAUAGCUGGAGUGCAUGGUCACUCACCACACCCUUGUUUCCCUUGCACUAGUAGCCAGGAGUAGGGAGUGUAGCAAGCAUUAUAGCAGCUCUAGGCCACAAAAGAAUUCCCCCAUGUAGGGGAAAUCCUUCAGUGUGCAGAUCUGCCAGGUUUGGAGCUUCUUUGUGCCAUUGGAGCAGCACUAAGAAGCCCCAAAGUACUGAAGCAUCAGGAAACUCAUAAAAUAUUAAUGAUCGUGGGAAAUACCACAUCAAUGUUACAAUAAAUUAUCCAACUAUGCGUGUAAAGUCGACUAAAUAUUUAGUCUCUUUUUGACCAAUAUACAUAGAAUUGCUUUUUAGUGCUAUCUUUUCCCCCACUGUUCUUGGAAGCUAUUGUAUGUUUUCAGUUUACCUGUGUACUGUACAAUUACUGUAUGACAUUGCUAUGCCUUCACAUGCUUAAAUCUUACUUGUAAAAGUAAUAUUUGCCAAAUGUUGUACAGAGAAACCUGUGUUAAGUGCUCAUUUAACAAGUCCUGGUCUGUGAAGAAAGGCAGUCUUUUGAUAAAGGUGGCUGAGAAUUUAAAAUAUUUUUAUUGUCAUAAUAUUUCAGAAUCAAUCAGGAAAGGACUAUCAUGCAUAAAGCUGAAGGAAAUCCCAUUAGGGAAUAAAUUAUAGGUAUUUAGCAACAACAAAACCUCUGCUUAGCUUAUAAAACACUUUCAGACACAAAUGCUAAAAUACUCACAUUUUUAUUGUUAGUGAAAUGUAAAUACUUAACAAAAACGGUUUUUAAAAUAUCUGUAAAGUCACUUGUAGCUGAAACGCUGAUCUUUUUACUAGGCAUCUUGUUGAGAGGUGAAAUAAAGAUGUAACACUUUUCCAUCA